UGGGUACCGGGUGACGAGUCAAGAAAUGUGCACUUGAGCUUGAAUUGAGAGUCUCUUCAUCGUUUUGAAAAGAUCUUGCAUACUUCAACUACAUCAGUUGCAUCCGAGUGUAGCUUUUGCGUCUUCGCCCUCUACUCUUUACAAUGUCGGUCAACGCUGCUUGUGUCCUCGCCGGAGACUCCGCCGUCAAGGGAGUCAUCACGUUCACUCAGGCUGAGGGAGCCACAACCGUGACCGGUGAGGUCACUGGCCUUGCUCCUGGAAAUCAUGGAUUCCACGUUCACGUGUACGGAGACAACACAAAUGGUUGCACCAGCGCUGGCCCUCACUUCAACCCCAGCAACAAGACGCACGGUGCCCCGUGCGAUGAGAACAGACAUGCUGGUGAUCUUGGAAAUGUUGUAGCUGGCGACGACGGCGUAGCCAAGGUCAACAUCACUGACAGCCAGAUCCCCCUGAGCGGCCCCAACUCCAUCAUCGGACGCACCGUUGUUGUGCACGCUGACCCUGACGAUCUUGGCAAGGGUGGUCACGAACUCAGCCUGUCCACUGGCAAUGCUGGUGCCCGUGUUGCAUGCGGUGUCAUCGGUAUCGCCAAGUGAAAACCUGCCUUUUCGUUUGGGACUCGUUUACAAACCCGUGGAUGCUUCUCCAGUGUGUUCCGAGCUGCUGCAAAACGCUGCGUUUUCUUUUCUACUGCCGCGUACCUCUUUUAGCCCAGACUCUGUCUAAACAUCCAUUUUCUACAUUACCUGCUUUGUAGCAAGAGCCAGUGACAACUUUCAAUGUCAUUAUACCGUCAAGGCCCAGGGUAAUCCGAGUACAUACAUGCAGAACUCUACCAGUUCUUUGGCUGCGGGCCAAACAUCCCCAAUGCCGCUGGCUUCAUGUAAUUAGGUCGCUGCUAAAAUAACGAAACGUUC